AUGACUCUCACGACAAACGGGUUCAGCCGUGGUAUCAAUGGGCACGCCUCAAUCAAUGGGCACGCCUCAAUCAAUGGAGUUCCAACCUACGAUUUCAAUCACCCGCUUCUGGGCCCUUUGACAGGCAUCCGCAGGAAUGGCGAUGUCGUACAAUUUCGAAGCAUUCCAUACGGCCAAGUGCCUAGAAGGUUUGCUCAUGCGCGAUGGAUUGACAAGCUAUCGCCGAAACAGCGAUACUGUGUCGAUUACUCCUAUGCCUGCCCUCAACGAGGGCAGAGUAUGGAUGCGUUUGGUGGACCGAUCCACGGGGAAGAGCCACGACGUUACGAUGAAUUUGCCUGUCUGAACCUCACCGUUACCGCUCCAGCCAUGUUGCUGGAUCCCGAUUGUGAGACGAAAGUUGGAGUCAUGGUCUAUGUGCAUGGCGGCGGGUUCGCCGAGGGUGCACACCAUGGUGGACCUCAUGACAUGACACGAAUGGAUCUGGUGGAUGAAGCGAUACUCAUCGAUGAGCCGCCAUGCAAUUUCGCUCUGUUUGAUCAAAGGCUUGCAUUCCUAUGGGUACAGAAGUACAUAUCCGGCUUUGGUGGCAACGAGAGACAAAUAACGGCGUUUGGUGAAAGUGCCGGCUGUGCCUCGCUGUGCUUCCAUCUGUCUUCUACCAUCCCACUUUUCAAUCGAGUCAUCUUGCAGUCCGGGAGCGCAGCGACAAUCAGCGCAACCUCUUGUACCUCCAAAAACGCGGAAUUCCUAGCACUCCUCGAAUUCUGCGGCAUCGACAAGUCAGAUGCGCAACGAUUGGAAAAGCUGCGCAACGUGCCUGUGGAGAAGCUGGUGGAGGCUGCACACACGCUCACAAACUCUGCCUUUUCGCCGCUAGCCCAUGAGAGCUUCUUCCCAACAACGCCAACCUACAGCAACCACCACCGCAUCGUAGCCGAGUGUCCCUGGAUCGAGGAGGUGAUUCUCGGAGACGCAGUCUACGAAGGCUAUCUGUUCUCCUCGGCCCUCCAGAGCAUCCAGUACGAAGAUUUCCGUACUCAUGUACACAACACUCUCGGCGAGGAGCGUGGAGACGAACUCCUCCAAGUCUACGAAAUACACACCGACAUCGACGCCAAUCUAUUCUGGACGCGCCUCUGCGUCUUCACCGGCGAUAUCAUGUUCUCUCUUCCAGUCCACCACCUCGCACAGUCGCUCUCCAAAUCCGGCAAACCCACAUACCGGUACAGCCUCUCGCUACGCAACCCGUUCCCGGGCUCGCCGUACUCAUUCGUGCUGGGCCACCACUUCAUCGAGCUGGCAUACCAGUUCAUGACGCUGCUGGACCGCUUCCCCUCGCCGGUGCAACGCGACGUCAGCGUCGGGUUCGCCACGCGCUGGCUUGCGUUCGCGAAUGGCGAUGCGCCUUGGAGUUUGUAUGUGUGUGGUCCCGGUGGAGAAGUGGGUGCGGACGAGGUUCUGGCCGUUGCGGAUGAGCGUGAGGGCUGGGUUGUGAGGUCCAGGUUGGAAGAUUUGACAAAGACAAGGGGUGGAGAUGGUGGCGUGAGGAGGUAUUUGCAGUGGGAGGUCAUGUCGGGUAUUCUCGAGAGCUUGGGAGAUGGGGCUGAUGCGGCGGUUGCGGCAUUGGCGUUCCCGUCUUUGAUGGGCCUAGUGAGGACUUGA